AUGGUGGUCCUGUUGGAUUGCGUAAGCCUCUUGGUACUGCUGAACUCAUCUUGCUCCGCGGCCCUGGCAGGAGACACGGAAUCUCCUAUUGUAAACGUGACGCUGGAUCCAAGAAAAAAAAUAUUAAGCUGGAAUACCCGGGGAAUCGUGACUCGGCAAACAUGUGCGAUCGUCACGCCUCUCGACCCCGACGACGUCAGCCCAAACCUACAGGUCAGAAACAACGAUUCCUACUUCUGCACGUUUCGCAACGCCGUCCUGCACCAGGGGGCCACUCUGACCGUGAACGCCACCUCUGAGGGCCAGGAGUUCUCGUGCCAGCUGACCUUUAAAAACCCAGGCAAGGAGGGCUCCGGAGCCCAGAACCUCUCGUGCGUCAUCUACAACAUCCGAUUCAUGAACUGCAGCUGGAUGCGGGGCCCGGCCGCCCCUGCAGACGUGCGGUAUCAGCUCUACACAUGGGCCUCUCUGCACGGAAGCGUGUCCGAGUGUGGCCACUACAUACAGGACUCGGCCGGGACGCGUGUGGGCUGCCACUUCGACGAGCUCGGCGAAGGCCACACCACAGACGAUUACUUCUUCCUGGUGAACGGAACCAGCAGCGACACGGACAUCCAGUUUUUGGACUGUCCUCCCGUGAACGGCCCGAGGCUGGAAAAGUAUAACCCGCCCGCGAACCUCACCGUCAAGCACAACGUGUCCCAUUACGUGAUUCGCUGGGACGCCCCCGCCAUCAGAUACAGCCUGUCCAAUAGCGUCUUGCGUUACGCGCUGGAUAUCCAGAAGACGGGCAGCUUUUCUAAGAGAGAACCCGUUUUUCUAAGCAGACAACAUAAAAACGAGUACAGACUGCCCAGCUCUGACGUGAGAGGAGAGCACACAGUCCGCAUGAGGGUGCAACACGUGCAGUUUCAAAUCUGGAGUGAGUGGAGCUCCACGCACCGUUUCGGCGUCCCCGAGAAGAAUUUCCUGGUGGUCUCGAUCGGGCUGGCGGUGGGGGCCGCGGUUUUGUUUGGCAUGGCCGUGAUGUUCCUCUGUAAAAGGUUCUCCCUGAAGAAGAAGCUGUUUCCGCCCAUCCCGCGGGUGAAGCAGGAACUCGCUGGCUCAUUCCUGGCCAGCCUGGAGGAGACGGCCUCGUGUGGAGGCCACCCACCGCCAGCCUCCCAGGACCCCGAGGACAUCUUCACCGUGGAGGAAACCCAGUCGUUGGCAAGCGGACCAGCGAAGAUGGUAGGCCCAGCCCCAGACCCCGACCCUUAUGAAAACAUCCCUUCUGGGCGUCCUCUCCCCAGCCAGUGA